CGGAGCUUUGGUAUUAUUCAGUGGUGAAAAGUGGCAACGUUCAGUUCGAUCAGCACAAAGUAGUGAUCUCGUUUCUUGCAAUAAACAUACAAAAAAAUUGUUUGAAAUAAACAAAUAAAAAUACCGUUUUGGUAUUGAAAUAAUACAUAAUCUAAUAUAUAACUAAGCGUUUAAUAAGUAAUUAAAAAGACUUUUUCUCGAAAUGGCACUGAAGUACUUGAUUUUCGCCUCUGCACUUUGCCUUGCCAUGGCUUCGCCACUAGGCCAUUACUAUGAGGAGCAACAUGGUGGUUAUGAAGAACAACAUGGUGGCUACGAGGAAGCUGGUGGUCACGAGCUUGGUGGACAUGAGCUUAGUGGACAUCAAAUCGAACGCGUCUCCUUGGGCGAAGAACAUCACGGUUAUGAGCACGAGGAAGAGCAUGUGGAUUAUUAUGCUCCUCCUAAAUACGCCUUCAAAUAUGGCGUGAAUGACUUCCACACCGGAGAUGUGAAAUCGCAACAUGAAUCGCGCGAUGGUGAUUCCGUUAAAGGACAAUACUCCUUGGUCGAACCUGAUGGCUCCAUUCGCACCGUGGACUACACAGCGGACAAACACAAUGGCUUUAAUGCUGUCGUGCACAAAACCUCCCCCGUACACCACGAGGAACACCAUGAAGGACAUUAUUAAGCGAAUUUAAAGGCGAUAAACGAUAUAAAUAUAUAAUUGAAGCCAAGCGUAGCGGCAGCAGCAGAAUUAUAGUACUUAGUUAUAAAUUCAAAUCGAAUUAGCUAAAUUAUAAAAAAGAAGCGGAAGUUGAAAGGGAAACACACAGCAAACAAAAUGAGAUUAUUUCAUAUACUAAACUAGAUUUUCAUUCAUCACCAUCUCACAUAUUCACUUCAACUGCCAUCUUAGAAAUGCAAAUGAUAUGACUUCUUACAUUAUUGACUGUCUAACGUAGAAUCUUAGAUUUUUUUUCGCUCAUAUGGAUUUUAGUGUGUAUGUCUUUACUUUAUAUGUAUAUGUAUAUAUGUUUUCUAUUUUUUAUAUUACUGAGUUGGAGACACUGUGAUAGCGUUAAUAUUCUAACUCAUACGACUGUUCAUUAACUCUUAACCAUUUUGCCAUUCGCCAUUAGCACUAUUGCCAACAACAACCACUAUUAUCACCUCUCUUUACUUGUGUAUGUAUAAAUGUUUGUAUGUAAUUGUAAAUUUACUUUAUUUUCAAACUGUAAUUAGUCACUAUCUUUUAUUAAACGGUACUUUUAACUAUAAA